UGACAUGCACCGAGUAGUACUGCUUUCGCACUUGCUUGCAGUUGCACCACAAAGUCGGGCCUUAUCUGGUGCAUCGUCUUCCACUAAAAAAAAGUCUCAAUUAUCAUUUAGUGCAUCGUAAUAACGAAAAAAGUACUUUACAAUAUGUUUCGCACGUUCGUAGCGGAGUUGCCGGUGUUAUUUAGGAAGGCACCGCUAAACAGUGCGAAAAAUUAUGCAACGGAGGCAAAAUUCGAAACCAAGCCUUUUAAAUUGCACAAUUUGAAAACUGGACCAGCUACCUCCAGGACGGUAACUAGAGAUGAGGCCCUUGCGUAUUACUCGGCUAUGCAAAGAAUCCGAAGGCUAGAGACCUCUGCUGGUAAUUUGUACAAAGAAAAGAUCGUUCGUGGUUUCUGCCAUCUGUACUCGGGACAGGAAGCAUGUGCUGUGGGAAUGAACGCGGCCAUGCGACCCCAGGACAACAUCAUUUCCGCCUACCGCGUUCACGGCUGGACGCAUCUGAUGGGAGUUGACGUCAAGGGCGUACUCUCCGAACUGACCGGGAAACAGGGUGGCUGCGCACGCGGAAAAGGCGGUUCCAUGCAUAUGUAUGCUCCCAAUUUUUACGGCGGGAAUGGUAUUGUCGGUGCUCAGGUACCACUCGGUGCCGGUGUCGCACUGGCUUGCAAGUACAAAGGCAACAACGGCGUUUGUUUGGCGCUAUACGGAGAUGGCGCUUCCAAUCAAGGACAGGUCUUCGAAGCCUACAAUAUGGCAUAUCUAUGGAACCUCCCUUGCAUUUUCGUAUGCGAAAACAACGGAUACGGAAUGGGUACAAGCGCUGAUCGAUCGUCCUGCAACACAAAUUACUUCCAACGAGGAGACGUUCUGCCGGGACUUUGGGUAGAUGGUAUGGAUGUUGUAGCAGUCAAAUUGGCUACCGACUUUGCUAUCGAUUAUGUUCUGAAGAAUGGACCGUUGGUAAUGGAAGUACACACAUACAGAUACUCUGGUCAUUCAAUGUCGGACCCCGGAACAAGUUACAGAACACGUGAUGAAGUCCAAGAAGUUCGACAAACCAGAGAUCCGAUCUCGUCCUUCAAAGAUAAGAUAGUCAAUGCAGGUCUGGUAACUGCUGAUGAGCUUAAGAAAAUCGAUGCAGCUAUCAAAAAGGAGGUCGACGAGGCAACCGCGGCUGCUAAGGCUGAUGCAGAAAUAGGUUUGCCAGAAUUGAGCACUGAUGUCUACGCCAACAAUUUGGAAGGAUACAUCAGAGGAGCGAGUCCAAGCUCCUGGUUAAAACAUAGCUCACUGAACAAAGCCGUUAAUAUGUAAUGGAUUUAAAUGAAUGCAAAUUGUUAAAUUAAAAACCUAUACAUUUGGAAUUAUCUCGACAAUAAAUCUACCGUCAAACGGGGAUAUUCGCAA